AAGGGCUAGUGAUUAACACACGGGCAAACUUGCCCACUCAGCACACAUGUACUCACACACGGACAUACUCGCAUCAGCACGGGAUGCCUCAGGACUGGCUGGAAAAUGAAUCUUGUUAAAGAAAGUGUUGGAAGGACUAUCAGGCUGUACUAUGGACUCUGAAUCUCUGGACAGCUGUAUCCAGAGCACACUCUCGGCUCUCUACCCUCCGUUCGAAGCCACUGCGGCCACUGUGCUGUGCCAGGUGUUAGACGUGGUCGAGACGACAUAUCGCGGGGACGGGCUACGCUACAUCAUUGAUUUCCUGGUGCCUGCAAAACACAUCCUACAGAGCAUUCAACAGGACGCAUGUUUUCCGUAUUGUGGUUUCCUGUUCCGCCACGAAGGCUGGCCGUUGUGUAUCCACGAGAAGAUCAUAAUCCAGCUUUCCUCUUUGGACUGGCGUGUGUUACGGCCCAGUGACUUCUACUUGCAGGUGACACCAUCACCUAGAAGCCCCCCUCGUAUUACAGUGAAGUGCUUGGCAGUAAGCGGGCAGCAUGUUGAGGAGCUGCACGUUCCGAAGCUAGCAUACACCUCUCUAUUCACUAUGGACUGGCUGGACUCCAUCAAUCGGGAAAGGAGUGUGGUGAGAAGAACCGCCCUUGAACACUGUCUUUUAUCAGCAGAUAAUGACAUAUUUAGGGUACCAUGGGAGGAUAUCGUUCACCCAGAAUUUAUCAGCAGACCCCCCAAAGUUUUGGAACAAGGUGCAAGUAUGGCGGUGGUCAAAGAGCAUGGGGACAGAGAGAGAAGGAACUCUGCUGGAGAUCAGGAAGACAACCCUGUUGACAUAGAAUGUAGUAUUUUUAUUGACACUUCCACAGACCAAUCAGGGGAGACGGAUUGUCAAAACAGGGAUGUUAAGCUCCUCCCUGCUCUUGAUGAGAUGAAUAAAGAUAACAGCGGGCGGAGCUCCAGCUGCACAGCGGAGGAUUCUGAAGGCGAGUACGUGGAGCUAGCCGAUAUCUCCUUACCGCGCUUUUCCCCACAGAAAGGCUCUCUCACUCAAGCCAUUAGCAUGAACUACAGAAAUCUACAUAAACCACAGACUGCCGGAGGCUCCACUAAUUCUAAAGCUAAACCAGCAGAGAGAUUCCUAACGAAUGGAGCGUGCUCGCAAAGCAUGGUGUGUGCCAUGUUAAUUGAAGAAAACCUGAAUGACACCUACAAACCUGUGAUCUUAACCCCCACGGUUCCUGCUGUGGUAGAGAGUGCAUAUCAGCAGGCGGAAGGGCCUGUGCCCACCUGUGCUACAGGUACAGCCGCCGGUGACUUUGUGUUUAAGCAUGCGUCUGACAAAGAGUUUUUCGUUCAGCACUCAAAUUGUGAUUCAGCUCUACUUUUAGAUAUCCCAGCAUGCAACACAUCACAAUUAGACAGCAGAUUAAAGGUAGAUGACAAACCAGUCAGUACAUCACAACCAGACAGCAAAACAGUUAAGACGUCGCAACCAGACAGUGAGCCAGUCAAGGCUUCACCGCAAAACAAAUCAGCUAGCGUUUUAGACAAGAACCUAGUCAGCACUUCGAUAUCAGACUGCAAUACAGUAAACACAACACAACCAGAAUGUCAUUUAUUUAGUGCAUCCCAACCAGACAGCACACUGGUCAACGUGACACAUGUAGACAGCAAAGUAGUUAACAAAUUACAACCAAAACAGGAAGUGUUAAAUAACACUAAAGAAAGUGAAAACUCAAAACAAGCUAUUGUUGAAUCCUCCAUGUCCAAUUCAGCGGAAGAACCAAACAUCAGUUCUGAAUCUGAGCAGAUGAGAGGUGACCGUGAUUUGGGAAGCUGUUAUGACCAGCAGAACAAGUCAUUGCCCAUGUCUGAGUCCAGCCUAUGUCAGAUACACUCACACAUUCCAACACCACCUGAAGAGGACCAUGUACUUCCUGUAGUUCAAUCAAUCGCUCCUACAGUAAAUAAGAACCAUGAGACAUGUAUUGAUGGUAGCUAUAACACUGAGAAACCUGAUGGUAAAGCCAGUGGUAUGGAAGAAGUCGGGCCUGUUUUAACUGCUCUACAAAACAAACAGGUUGCCUUGGCCUCUGUCACCCCAGAGCCUGGGGAGGAUCUGCUUACAACAUUUUCACAAGGUCAGGUGAGGACAGAGGCCUGUGAAGACAGAACAAAGACAGAGGUAGAGAUCCCGGAGGUAGACAGUUGCCAGACAAAAGCAGAACAUGUAGAAACGGAAGACGUGGAAAAGCCACCUAGUGAGGAGGAAGAACAGGUGGAACUGAAAAGAAAUGUAACGGAAGGAAAGACAGAGAGAGGUAUAGGAAUCGUUAGUACGACAGAGGAAGUUGAGACGGCUCGAACAGGUCUGGUAGAUACCACACCCGAAUUUCACUCCACAACAACAAACGUUCAAGUUCACGAAGAGGGCAGCUCCUCUGUAGGGACAGAUAAGGAGAAACCCUGCGAUAUUGAAGUGAUAUCAGAGGGCAGUGUUAUGAGAUGUCCCGUGGUUAUGGGUGAGCAGGAGGCCCAAAAUAGAGUUGAAUCAGCAUGCUUCCAAGUCUCUGAUACAGCCCGAGAGGUGCCAAACACAAACGGACACACACACCUAAAGCAAAUAGACACAGACGCUCAGGACACAAUGGGGAUGGGAGAAGACACAACCACUGCAGGAGGGUUAAAAAGAGAGGAGGAGAGAAAGGGGGAGAAGGAUGUGAGGAGAGAUGAGGAGAGUCAAGAGGAUGGCUCUUCAGCAGAGCAUCAACAGCAGACUGACAUGGAGUCCCAUUGCCAUCAGCAAGAAGAGCAAGCUUACAGUGAAGCAGUAAGUGAUGCCAAUUGCAACUUGUCUGAUACUCCUUUGUCAGCUAUGAGCCAGAGUGAAGAUCCUUCAGCAGCUCCUUUACCACUGCCGGCCAUCUCACAGAAAACAAAGUCUGCUUUAAGUGAGACCCAUGAUAUCAAUCCUGAUGUCAUGAACUCAGGAGUGCUCUGCCUGCCUGGUACAAGAGAUAAAUCAGGCCAUGCACUUGUGACAGUGACGAUGAGGAAUACUAUCUGGUUGAAUCCAAACUGCAACAGUGGAGAGCUGGUGCGGAUCAUGGUCUACUUCUACACUAUACUCAGAAAAGAAGUCAGUGCCUUGGGUUUGACCGUCUUGGUGGAUGCCCGCAGGUGUUCUCCUGUCCCUGCUCUCUUUAAAGCCUUCAACAUCCUCCAAGAAGCCAUGCCUGGAUGCAUCCACACAGUACUGCUGCUGGCUGACAGAGAUGUGGCUCUACGCAUGGAGAAAGCUUCUUCUGUACAGGUUGAGCUGUUAACAUCCAUGAAAUCUCUCCAUAAGCAUGUGGACAUCACUCAACUUCCCACAGACAUGGAAGGCACUUUCCUUUAUUCCCACAGCAGCUGGAUCUGCUUCAGAAUGAGGUUGGAACAGUUGACCAGCCAUUGUGAGGACGCUGUGAACCUGCUUCAAAACACCAUCAGCCAACUGGAGUCCACAGUGCUGCCCCCUACAGCAGAGGAAGCUCAGAUUUUGUUGAAUAAGUUCAGAGAACUGAUGAGGAAUGUUCUGGAAGACAGCCGGCUGGUGCGGCUGCAGCUGGAGGGAGGAGCUGCUCUGUCCCGUCUGCGAAAGGAAGAGACCAGUGUCAGCCUGACAGAAGACUACAGAGAUGCCAUUGAGAAUGCAGGACAUCUGUAUAACCAAGUGGACGAGUUGGUUCACAGACUGGUGAUGCUUUCCAACAAAUGCACACAGGAACUGGAAUUCAUCAUGGAGUUUAAGAUUCUGGAGGAGGGAUUCACAGAGGUGAGUAAGUGGAUAGAGGAGGUGGGCGAGUCCCGUCUGAAGACACUCGGUGAGCUGGAAGAUUCCUUGGAGCAGCUACAUCAUAAACAGACUGUCUUCAAAGAUUUUUACACGGCUGCAUAUGAGCACUGUAAGAGUGGUGAAGCUCUGCUGAAGCGUUUAGAGAAGUGGGAAGAUAUCUCCUCGGCAGAACUCCAGGUGUACGAGGUGAAAGUACGUUCUUUCUGGGUCCACCUGCACAGUUUCUCCCAGCGAGUGGAAGACACCAAGGAAAAAAUCCACAAGACUGUUCGACUCUAUGAGUUCUUUGAUAAGGCUUACGAAUGGGCACUAGAGGGCAUGCGUCAUUUGGCGUGUGUUAGCAUGGAGGACUGUGGUAUGACUGAGAAGUGCCAGAACGUGAUCACAUGCUUGGAGACCUAUCACAGUCAGCAUCCACCGAUACCAGACACACGCUUUCAGGAGAUGAAAGACCUUGCAGAGGAGCUGAGGAGCGACCAGGGACUCAAGCAGUGGAAGUUCGCCUGGUCCAAGUGUCAGGAGACCAAACAGAUGUUUGAGAAGAAGCUGGAGACUGCGUUGCGAACCCGCCGUGAGAGCGAUUCCAGAUCCUCCUCCAGACGAAACUCGGAAGUUAGCGGCAAAGCUCAAGAACGCAGCAGCAGCAUUUCCUUCUCGUGUCGGAAAGCAUUUGGUGGAGCUUGGGGACGGGAUAGACUUUCCUCUCUCUCAAGCACAUCCUCAACACCCAGCAGCCCAUCGGGCGUCCGUGUGGACACCCGGGAUUCUUCUAUCCGAACCUCCACAGGAAGUCCCUAUAGCGUUGAGCACAGAAUCCCCCACAGUACACCCGUCAGAUCCCACAGGCUAACACGCAGUGUCUCAACGGAUGAGCCUGCUCACCGACCACAUCCUGAAGGGCAGGCGUGUGCUCCUUCAUGCUCCACCAGCCCAAGCCUCUCGUCUAUAGAACCAAACCGCAGGGUUCUGCGGAAGACUCAAAGCUUUGAUACGGCCGGUAGUGAGAGUGUGUCACGUUACAGCACCUGUCAGAGAACUCUAAGUGAACCUGCACGGAGAGGGAACACGGGGGUGUUUAUUAAGGGUCUAGAGGUGAGCAGCACUGAGGUGAUCGAUCGGCCGUACAGCCCGCGACUGCCGCCAAUGCACGAGUGGUCUUCUCUUGAUUUGCACCGUGAUGGGAGUCCCGCUCCAGAACCCCGCAGCAAGGGCAGUAAACUACGUCACAUUGUGGAUGAGAUGGUGACAACGGAGCGGGAGUAUGUGCGAUCUCUGCGGUACAUCAUUGACAACUAUUUCCCUGAGAUGGAGCGUGCUGACCUGCCACAGGACCUGCGUGGAAAACGCAGCGUCAUCUUCGGCAACCUGGAGAAACUGGUAGACUUCCACAGCCAGUUUUUCCUUAAAGAGCUGGAGAGCUGCUGUAACCACCCACUACGUGUCGGCAACUGCUUCCUGCGACAUCAUGACCAGUUUAGCUUGUACGCCUUGUACAGCAAGAACAAACCAAAGUCAGAUGCGCUUUUGGCCAGCCAUGGAAACAGCUAUUUCAGGCAUAAGCAGCUAGAGUUGGGGGAUAAGAUGGACCUGGCAUCGUAUCUGCUGAAGCCUAUCCAGCGCAUGAGUAAGUACGCCUUGCUUCUCAAAGAUCUGAUCAAAGAAGUAAGUGAGGUCCAGGAGCAGGAGCUAUCGUGCCUACGUGCAGCAGCCGAAAUGGUGAAAUUCCAGCUUCGCCAUGGGAACGAUCUGCUCGCCAUGGACGCCAUCAGGGACUGUGAUGUGAAUCUGAAAGAACAGGGCCAGUUGGUUCGUCAAGAUGAGUUCACGAUUUGGUAUGGCAGGAAGAAGUGCCAAAGACACGUUUUCCUGUUUGAAGAUCUAGUGCUGUUCAGCAAACCCAAACGGAUAGAGGGUGGCCUAGAUGUUUACAUAUACAAACAUUCUUUUAAGGCGGCUGAUGUGGGUAUGACAGAGACAUCGGGUGAGAACGCUUUGAGGUUUGAGAUCUGGUUCCGCAGGAGAACAUCCAAGAACCAGGCCUACAUUCUUCAGGCAAGCAACGCUGAUAUUAAACACGCAUGGACUUCGGACAUUGCACGGAUACUAUGGCAACAGGCCACACGAAAUAAAGAGAUUCGAAUGCAAGAGAUGGUCUCUAUGGGGGUGGGCAAUAAACCCUACCUGGACAUUAAACCCAGUGAUGCUGCUAUCAAUGACAGAGCCAUCGAUUACAUAAUGAAAGGCAGAGGGGCUAGAACAAGAGCCUCCAUUGCUGUCUCUCUGUUUGACCACUCAAACCCAUUCAAACGAGCGGCGGUAAACGCUCCUGUUAGCGGGACCCCGGCGGCCGGCGGCCCCUCUUCCUCCACGCUGCUGGGGCCGUUGAAUCUUCACAUGUUCAGCAGCCAAAGUCUGUUAGAGAGACCUCUUAUCGGCCCCUGCAUAGAGGAGGAUGAACUGGAGCAUGAGACCAGCAGUCAGCCCUCUAUGACUACAGAAAGCUCGGGUUCGUCGUCUCACUGUCUGUCUGGUAGUGGCUCGAGUGGCUCAGACAGUGGAUGUGUUUCCAGUCACCUGCCCGAGGCUCUGUCCGAAGAGCCCAGCUCACCGUGUGACUCCUCCUGUUACUCCUCCAUCACCUCUCCCACAAAAGAGAAACCCUGCUACAGCAGCCAGUACAUUUCAACAGGAGAAGCACAGGUGAUAGGUCCGUCUACUGUAGUUUGAGCUCAGUAACCACUGCUGCAGUUUAAUAUCUGCUUUGAGAGUGACAACGCCACGUUACCAUGCAGAAGAGGAAUACAGAGCUACUAUUUAUUGUUCCUGUUGAGUGCAAGCAAAUCUCAUGUCACACCGAGUUUAUUAAGCGCUCAAAAUAGCACUGUUUCUUUCUGUUUUCUAAGCCACUUUUUCCUUUUAUAUAAAUUUAAAGAUUAUCUAUAAAACUGAAUAAAUAUUCUUGUAUUUAUCUUCUUUUCAA